AUUCAAAAUAUCAGUCGUCUCUCCUGGGUGUCGCCUUCGCCAAUCUACACGGUUCACGGUUCAGCAAUUCACCUCAGAGUUAACGUCUUCCCUCACGAGUCUCUCACUCACACUCCGUCUCUCCCUAAUCUACCAGAGUCCCGGAACUCUCAUCGGUACUUUGGUUCAGAAGUAGGAAAGGAACUCAUCCACUCAUCGAUUCUGGUGGUCCCGUUCAGAUAUCGGCGACGGCAGCGCUCUCUUAUCGGAUUCAAAUCCUUUUUAUUGGUGAGAAUGAAUAUUGGAACCCCAAGUAACCCCUAAAAAUGCCAAGACAAGAACUUCGAAUAAAAAACCACUAGAAGAUCCAACGAUUGAAAUCCCAAAUUGUGGGAUGUAGUUCGUCGAUCACAUGUCCUCCUCCUUUCGAAGGCUAAAAUGUAUCUCCAUGUUAGAUUCUCUACCCAAAACAAGCAGCCACAUUCAACAAAUACAUGCCCAGCUGAUCAUCAAUGGCCUCAAAUCUCCCCCUCUCUUGGCCAAGCUAAUUGAACAUUAUUGUGGCUCAUCGCACCAACACAUCGCCAAUCAUGCGCAUUUGAUGUUCCAGUACGCUGAUAAGCAUGACUUGUUUCUCUUCAAUACCUUGUUAAGAUGUUGUCAACCCAAGGACUCUAUCCUUUUUUUCCAAAGUGCAUUUUCCGAGGGAGACAUGGUUUUUGAUGAUUACACUUACAUUUUUAUUCUCGGAGCUUGUGCUCGCUUUCCUUCAACUUCAACAUUAUUGCUGGGCACACAACUUCAUGCCCGCAUCGUAAAACACGGAGUUAUGUCAAAUAUAAUGGUUCCAACUACAGGGAUACAUUUUUACGCGAGCAACAAGGACAUCAAAUCGGCACGAAGGGUGUUCAAUGAAAUGUCAGAAAGAAGUAGUGUCACGUGGAAUGCAAUCAUAACUGGUUAUUCUUCCCAAAGGGCAGGACAUAAACAAUAUGCUUUCAGUGCACUGCUUUUGUUUCGGGACAUGUUGAUGGAUGAGAGUGGGGUUAUGCCCACAGAUACUACCAUGGUUUGUGUCCUUUCAGCAGCUUCUCAACUGGGUAUGCUAGAAAUAGGUGCUUCCCUACAUGGGUUUGCAGAGAAGACGAUGUGUGUCCCCGAAGAUGAUGUGUAUAUUGGCACUGGGCUUGUUGAUAUGUACUCCAAAUGUGGGUGUCUAGAAAGCGCUUUGUUAGUCUUCAAGCGGAUGAAUCAAAAGAAUGUCUUGACUUGGACGGCAAUGAUUACUGGCCUUUCUAUCCACGGGAAAGGAGAACAAGCCUUGGCGUUUUUAUAUGAAAUGGGAGCUAAUGGAAUGAAGCCAAAUGCAGCAACCUUUACGAGCUUGUUUUCUGCUUGUUGUCAUGCUGGGCUUGUUCAAGAAGGCAUUGAUUUGUUCUGUGAUAUGAACAAAAAGCUUGGGGUGAUGCCAAACAUGCAACAUUAUGGUUGCAUUGUCGAUCUUCUUGGUCGAGCCGGACGAUUAAAAGAAGCUUAUGAUUUUAUCAUGGGAAUGCCAGUUCGUCCAGAUGCUGUGCUAUGGAGGAGUUUGCUUGGUGCGUGCAAGAUUCAUGGGGACACUGCCAUGGGCGAGAAGGUGGGGAAUCUUCUCCUGCAACUUCAAGAGCAGAGCUUUGAUGACUUGGCUCCUAGGAGCGAGGAUUAUGUAGCUCUGUCCAAUUUGUAUGCUUCUGCAGAAUGGUGGAUCAAAGUCGAAACAGUCAGAAAAGAGAUGAAAGUCAGGGGGUUUUUGAAUAAAGCAGGUUGUAGUUCGGUUCAAACAGCCAACUUGAAUGCAUUGUAAAAUAUUUUGAAUACUCAUACUGGAUAAUUCACAAAAUUUGAAGUUGUGGGAAUCAUUUAUUAUUUAUUCUGCUUAAA